CGAAAGUGUAGGGUACAAGUUGGUAAUGCAUGUCUAAAUCGAAUCGGAAAGUAAAAUCUGCCGUAUAUCUAUCGGCAGUAAAGACCGGAAUAGGGUUUACUUUGUUCAUCUGCUUUGAUGGUUCCACAAUCGCCAUGGCUUCCUCUAAUCAUCUGACCAGCAUCCCACUUCCAUCUGAUCCCGGUGGUGAAGUGGUUCCGGUCCACAUUGUUACUCAUGCAAGUCAACUUCCACCUGAAUUCUUGAAACCGUCUCCUGAUAAGAAAUUGGUGAUUGGUUUUGACUGUGAAGGCGUUGACCUUUGCCGCAAUGGAACUUUAUGUAUUAUGCAGCUAGCUUUUCCGGAUGCUAUAUACUUAGUUGAUGCAAUUGAAGGUGGAAAAACACUUGUGGAAGCCUGUAAGCCUGCACUUGAAUCUAGUUACAUCACUAAAGUUAUUCAUGAUUGCAAACGCGAUAGUGAGGCGUUGUAUUUUCAGUUCAACAUCAAGUUGCACAAUGUCUUUGAUACUCAGAUUGCUUACAGUUUGAUUGAGGAGCAAGAAGGCGGGACAAAAGUACCAGACGACUACAUAUCAUUUGUUGGUCUCCUUGCUGACCCUCGUUACUGUGGUAUAUCUUAUCUUGAGAAACAAGAAGUUAGAGUUCUUCUCAGGCAGGACCCUAAUUUCUGGAAAUACAGGCCGUUGUCUGAACUGAUGGUGCGUGCAGCUACAGAUGAUGUUCGUUUUCUUCUGUAUAUAUACAACAAAAUGGUGGUGAAAAUGAACCAAAAAUCGUUGUGGUAUCUUGCUGUGCGUGGUGCUUUAUAUUGUCGUUGUUUCUGCAUUACUGAUAAUAAUUACGCAGACUGGCCACCCAUCCCUCCAAUUCCCGAGGAUAUUAUUACUGAUGAUAAUGCUCCCGAGGAAGAAAUCCUAUCCGUCGUUGAUGUUCCGCCAGGGAAGAUGGGGGUCGUUAUCGGAAGAAGAGGAGCUUCUAUUUUGGCUAUUAAGGAGUCAUGCAAUGCCGAAAUAUUCAUUGGAGGUGACAAGGGACCGCCAGACAAGGUGUUUGUAAUCGGGCCAGUGAAGCAAGUGAGGAAAGCGGAAGCCAUAUUAAGGGGAAGGAUGCUGGAAAUCUAUUAGUAAAAUGCAUAUGUUAUGUGGCACUUGUUGUCCUUCCUGCUUGCAUAUUGUGUAAUAAGCCAACUGAAACAAAAAUGUUUUAUCUUGAGUUUUCAAAUCUGGUAUGUGGGAUGUUUCAUUAAUACACCAUUGUGGUCCUUGCAUGUAGGCUUUUUUUUAAUGAAAAUGGUUACUUGUGCACCAAGUCACAUUUGGCUGGUAGUGCAUGGUUUAGCCC